UCAGGCUUUUAUCCACAACUCCCCUCCAGGCUUCUUGGAGGAACUGGGGAAUUCUACAUUCAUUGUGGUGGGUGUGAUCUUGGAAACCCCAGAGGCCUCUGUUGGUUCCCUCUUACCCCCUAGACGGGGAGGCCUGGCUAUAGGCCGCUGGCUGGGCAGGGUGAUGUGGUCCAGAUCUUCCAUCUAGCCCCCAGAGAAUUCAGCUUCUCUUCUUGCAGGGUGGAGACAGCCCUGGGUGUGCCCCACGUUGCUAGAGAUGAAAGAAAGCAGUUCUCUGCCCGCUGGCAUCAGGAUACGCUUCUGCCUCUCCCUUCUUUUACCUGUUUGAUGCCUGGGUCGUCGACCCGGCCGGAGGUGGCCAGCAUAGAGCCGCUGGGCGCGGACGAACAGUGCUCCCAGAAGGCCGUAGUGCAGGCCCGCCUGUCCCAGCCCGCCCGCCUGACCAGCAUCAUCUUCGCAGAGGACAUCACCUCGGGCCAGGUCCUGCGCUGUGAUGCCAUCGUCGACCUCAUCCAUGGCAUUCAGAUCGUCUCCACCACCCGCGAGCUCUACCUGGAGGACUCACCCCUGGAACUGAAGAUCCAGGCUCUGGACUCUGAAGGGAACACGUUCAGCACCCUGGCUGGGCUCGUCUUUGACUGGACAAUCGUGAAGGACACGGAGGCCAAUGGGUUCCCAGACUCCCACAAUGCCCUGCGAAUCCUCACAUUCCUGGAGUCCACGUACAUCCCUCCUUCCUACAUCUCCGAGAUGGAGAAGGUGGCCAAGCAGGGGGACACCAUCCUGGUGUCCGGAAUGAAGACCGGGAGUUCCAAGCUCAAGGCGCGCAUCCAGGAGGCCGUCUACAAGCACGUGCACCCUGCGGAGGUCAGGCUGCUGAUUUUGGAGAACAUCCUUCUGAACCCAGCUUACGACGUCUACCUGAUGGUGGGGACCUCCAUCCGCUACAAGGUGCAGAAGAUCAGGCAGGGAAAGAUUACAGAGCUGUCGAUGCCCUCUGAGCAGUAUGAGCUGCAGCUCCAGAACAGCACCCCGAGCCCUGAGGGAGACCCGCGCCGGCCCGUGGCUGUCUUGGACCAGGACACGUCGAUGGUCACUGCCAUGCAGCUGGGACAGAGCAGCCUGGUUCUCAGCCACAGGAGUAUCCGCAUGCAGGGUGCUUCUAGGUUACCCAACAGCACCAUCUAUGUGGUCGAGCCUGGAUACCUGGGGUUCACAGUCCAUCCUGGGGACAGGUGGGUGCUGGAGACUGGCCGCCUGUACGAAAUCACCAUUGAAGUGCUUGACAAGUCUGGCAACAAGGUCUACCUGUCGGACAAUAUCCGCAUUGAUACCGUCUUACCUCCUGAGUUCUUUGAGGUGCUCGCUUCUUCCCAGAAUGGCUCGUACCAUCAUGUCCGGGCGACAAAGAAGGGCCAGACGGCCAUCGAGGCAGCCCUCACCUCCGUGGUGGACCAGGAUGGAGGGGUCCACACGUUGCGGGUGCCUGUGUGGAACCAGCAGGAGGUAGAAAUUCAUGUCCCCAUCACUCUCAACCCGAGCAUCUUGACGUUUCCGUGGCAACCAAAGACAGGAGCCUAUCAGUACACAAUUCAGGCCCACGGAGGGAGCGGGAACUUCAGCUGGGCUUCGUCAAGCUACAUGGUGGCCACGGUCACCGUCAAGGGUGUGAUGACCACAGGCAGUGACACUGGACUCAGUGUGAUCCAGGCACAGGACGUGCAGAACCCGCUACAUUUCGGCGAGAUGAAGGUGUACGUGAUCGAGCCCAGCAGCAUGGAGUUCGCACCAUGCCAGGUGGAGGCACGCGUGGGCCAGACCUUGGAGCUGCCGCUCCGGAUCAACGGCCUCAUUCCCGGUGGGGCCGAUGAGGUGGUCACCCUGAGCGACUGCUCCCAUUUCGACCUGGCGAUCGAGGUGGAGAACCAGGGCGUGUUCCAGCCACUGCCAGGGAGGCUGCGGCCAGGGUCUGAGCACUGCAGCGGUGUCAAGGUACGAGCGGAGGCGCAGGGCUACACCACGCUCAUCGUGACCUACAAACAUGGCCGCGUCCACCUGAGUGCCCGCAUCACCAUUGCUGCCUACCUGCCCCUCAAGGCUGUGGACCCCUCCUCUGUUGCCUUGGUGACCCUCGGCUCCUCAAAGGAGAUGCUGUUCGAAGGAGGUCCCCGACCCUGGGUCCUCGAGCCUUCCAAGUUCUUCCGGAACGCCACCGCUGAGGACCCAGGCGGCAUCAGUCUGGCUCUCUUCGGGCCCUCCACCUCCCGGAAUUACCAGCAACACUGGAUCCUCGUGACCUGCCAGGCCUUGGGCGAGCAGGUCAUCGCCCUGUCCGUGGGGAACAAGCCCAGCGUCACCAACCCCUUCCCCGCGCUGGAGCCCGCUGUGGUGAAGUGCGUCUGCGCCCCGCCCUCCAGGCUCACCCUGACGCCCGUCUACGCCAGCCCCCAGCUGGACCUGUCCUGUCCGCUGCUGCAGCAGAACAAGCAAGUGGUCCCAGUCUCCAGUCACCGCAACCCCCUGCUGGACCUGACCGCCUACGACCAGCAGGGCCGCAGAUUCGACAACUUCAGCUCUCUGAACAUCCAGUGGGAGUCGACCAGGCCAUCGCUGGCCAGCAUCAACCUUGACCUGCCCAUGCAGCUGGUGGCCCGGGACGACGGGAGCGGCCAGAAGAGGCUGCACGGCUUGCAGGCCAUCUCGGUCCACAAGGCUUCAGGGACCACAGCCCUCUCUGCCACAGCGACCGGCUACCAGCAGUCCCACCUCAGCGCGGCCAGAGUGGUGCAGCCGCACGACCCUCUCACGCCUGUGUUGGCCUCCAUAGAGCUCAUCCUGGUGGAGGACGUGAGGGUGAGCCCAGAAGAGGUGACCAUCUACAACCACCCCAAAGUGCAGGCGGAGCUGCACAUCAGAGAAGGCUCUGGCUACUUCUUCCUCAACACCAGCACCACAGACAUCAUCAAGGUGGCCUACCAGGAGGCCAGGGGCGUGGCCACGGUGUACCCUCUGCUCCCGGGCGUGUCCACCAUCAUGAUCCAUGACCUGUGCCUGGCCUUCCCAGCCCCGGCGAAGGCCACCGUCCACGUCUCCGACAUCCGGGAGCUGUACGUCCGCGUGGUUGACAAGGUAGAGAUUGGAAAGACGGUCAAGGCAUAUGUCCGGGUGCUGGACUUUCACAAGAAGCCUUUCCUGGCCAAAUACUUCGCCUUCAUGGACCUGAAGCUCCGCGCAGCCUCCACGAUCAUCACACUGGUGCCCCUCGAUGAAGCUGUGGAUAACUACACCGCCACGUUCCGCAUCCAUGGUGUGGCCGUCGGCCAGACCAGCCUCACCGCGACUGUGAGUGAUAAAGCUGGACAGCGACUCACCUCAGCCCCGCAGCAGAUUGAGGUCUUUCCCCCAUUUAGGCUGAUGCCCAGGAAGGUGACGCUGAUCAUCGGGGCUAUGAUGCAGAUCACCUCGGAGGGUGGCCCCCAGCCCCAGUCCAACAUCCUCUUCUCCAUCAGCAAUGAGAGCGUUGCCAUGGUAGAUGGGGCCGGGCUGGUGCGGGGGCUGGCCGUAGGCAAUGGCACGGUGUCCGGGGUUGUGCAGGCCGUGGACGCGGAGACCGGCAAGCUUGUCAUCGUGUCUCAGGACCUCGUGGAGGUGGAGGUGCUGCUUCUCCAGGCCGUGAGGAUCCGCGCCCCCAUCACUCGGAUGCGGACGGGAACCCAGAUGCCUGUUUACAUCACUGGGAUCACCAACAGCCAGAACCCGUUCUCCUUUGGCAGUGCCGUGCCAGGCCUCACCUUCCACUGGUCUGUCACCAAGCGGGACAUCCUGGACAUCCGGGGGCGGCACCACGAGGCUUCACUUCGGCUCCCGUCACAGUACAACUUUGCCAUGAAUGUGCAUGGCCGGGUGAAAGGCCGGACUGGGCUGAGGGUGGUGGUCAAGGCCGUGGACCCUGCCGCCGGACAGCUGCAUGGCCUCGCCAAGGAGCUCAGUGACGAGAUCCAGAUCCAGGUAUUCGAGAAGCUGCUGCUGCUGAGCCCGGAAAUAGAAGCAGAACAAAUAUUAAUGUCGCCCAACUCAUUUAUAAAGCUUCAGACAAACAGGGAUGGAGGAGCCUCUCUGAGCUACCGCGUCCUGGAUGGGCCGGAGAAGAUUCCCGUUGUGCACGUUGACAAGAAAGGCUUCCUGACGUCAGGGCCCGUGAUUGGGACAUCCACCGUCGAAGUGACCGCCCAAGAGCCUUUUGGGGCCAACCAGACCAUCCUCUUUGCUGUAAAGGUAUCUCCCGUGUCUUACCUGAGGCUCUCCAUGAGCCCCGUCCUGCACACCCAGAAUAAGGAGGCUCUGGCAGCCCUGCCUUUGGGAAUGACAGUGACCUUCACCGUCCACUUCCACGACAACUCUGGAGACAUGUUCCAUGCUCACAAUUCGGUCCUCAGCUUUGCAACUAACAGAGAGGAGUUCGUGCAGAUCGGGAAGGGCGUGGCCAACAACACCUGCGUCAUCCGCACCGUCAGCGUGGGCCUGACGCUGCUCAGCGUGCGGGACACGGAGCACGUGGGCCUGUCCGACUUCGUUCCGUUGCCCGUCCUGCAGGCCAUCUCCCCGGAGCUGUCCGGAGCGGUGGUGGUGGGCGACGUCCUUUGUCUGGCCACAGUUCUGGUGGGCCUGCAAGGCCUGUCUGGAACCUGGAGCUCCUCAGCUGACAGCAUCCUCCACAUCGACCCCAGGAAGGGUGUGGCUGUGGCCCGAGAGGCAGGAUCUGUGACGGUUUACUACGAGGUUGCUGGGCACCUGAGGACCUACAAGGAGGUAGUGAUCAGUGUCCCUCAAAGGAUUGUGGCCCGUCCCGUCCGCCCAGGCCAGACCAGCUUCCAGGAGGCCUCCAAAGUGACCGUCACCGUGGGAGACAGAGGCUCUAACCUGAGAGGUGAGUGUUCCCCAUCCCAGAUGGGGACCAUCGAGACUCUGCACCCAGAAUCACUCAUCAGUUGCCACCUCCAGUUCAAGGAAGAUGUCUUUGAUUUCCCAGCACGUGACGUGUUCACGGCAGAACCAGGAUUUGAUGCCGAGCUGGGCCGGUACCUCUGCUCAGUCACGAUGCACAGGCUGACGGACCAGCAGCUGAAGCACCUCAGCACGAGGAAGACAGUUCUGCUGGUCACCGCCUCCAUCCCGGGCAGCCGCCUCUCUGGGGAGCAUGUUGGUGCCGAGGUGCCCUUCAGCCCAGGGCUAUACACGGACCAGGCUGAAAUCCUUUUGAGCAACCACUUCACCAGCUCUGAGGUCAAGGUCUUUGGUGCCAUGGAGAUUCUAGAGAACCUGGAGGUGAAAUCAGGGUCACCGGCCGUGCUAGCCUUUGAGAAGGAAAAGUCUUGGGGGCUCCCCAGCUUCAUCACCUACACAGUCAGUAUCUUGGAUCCCACGGCCGGCAGCCAGGGGCCUCUGUCCACCACUCUGACCUUCUCCAGCCCCGUGACUCACCAAGCCAUCACCAUUCCGGUCACCGUGGCCUUUGUGAUGGAUCGCCGAGGGCCCGGUCCUCAUGGAGCCAGCCUUUUCCAGCACUUCCUGGAUUCCUACCAGGUCAUGUUCUUCACCCUCUUUGCCCUGCUGGCAGGGACUGCCGUCAUGAUCAUAGCCUACCACACGGUCUGCACGCCCCGGGAGCUCACCGCACCCCCAGCCCUCUCCCCAGGAGCCAGCCCUCGCCACAGCCCCCACUAUUUUGCUGCCUCAUCUCCAACGCCUUUCAACGCACUGCCUCCCAUCCGCAGAGCCAGCCCUCCCUCCAGGCUGUGGAGCCCUGCGUACCCCUCCCACUAGUCCGCGGCCCAGGCCCUGACACCCCACGCAGCACAGUGGGCCCGGCACCACUCCCCACUCUGCUGCCGUAGACUGGUCAUUGCAGCCGUGCCCACUGGCUCACUCUUCCAUGCAGGGCCUCCUGUUGGCUCUUGGUUUUUGCUUUGCUCUUACUCCAUAGUCUUACAAAGGCUAAGACCCUGGCGCAUUCCUUUGUGCCCAACUGUCUGGGCCCCAUGCACGUCCGCUCUUCGGUCCCCAAGCCCUCUCGGGCCAUCCCGCCUCCAGAGGUUGAGCAGGCGGCAGCUCCAUCCCCCAGUGGUCCAGAGGGGACGUUAUGGAAGUGGCCUCAGGGAAAGGACUUUUUAACUGUGUCUUCAUUUCUGUGGGGUUGUUCCCCUCCUUGGAAACUGUACUGUUUCCCAAGUCUGGCUCCUGCAGGGAUGUGUGGGGAGCGAGCACACACCACCCGGACCGCAGGAAAGCGUCAGGUGUACACUGACAGAGCCCAACCCCACGCUUGCUCCUCCUCGCCAGGAGAUGCUGCGCUCCCUGAGCCACUCGCUGCGCCCCCUGAGCCACCCUCUGCGCCCUCUGAGCCACCUACUGGGCUGCUCUUCAUCCCCCUGGGGGCCACUGUGAAUAUAGACACUGGCCUCUGUGUGUCUCUCCUAGACUCAGCCGUGGCCACCUUGGGGUGUCCUUCGGGGCCCGGCUCCUCCUCCCUGUCCUGGCUUCUGUGCCAGCACAGCGAUGUCGGGAUCUAGUUAGGAAAACCUCCUUGAGCCAGAGACCAGGACCUUUUCUUCUGUUUGUUUGUUGAGGAGCCACUGUGUUCCGUCCAAGCACAAAGACCCAGUGUUACCCGUCCCUCCCUGUGAACUGCGGUCGUGUUCAGCAGCUCGGAGCCUCUGAGCCACCUUGGGUGGGCACCAGGCUCCCCUUGGCAACCCCCCCGCCGGCCAUCGAGCCUGCCCUGGCCUGCGAGGAGGGUGGGCCUGGCCUCCAGGAAGGGGCCUGCCUUCUCCCCAGACCCCCAUCCAGCAUCCGAGGCCUCCAGCAUGCGGCCUGUCCGCCCUGGGCCACUCUCAGGAAGAACUGGAGGCUUAGCCCCAAGCCUGGCCCGCAGGGUCACGGUGCGUGGGAAGUCAUCCACGUGGACUCUGGGCCAGAAAGCAUAAGUCCACUGCAGGCCCUUUGGGCCGGGCCACACCAUCUAUGUUUCUAAAAGCUGGAGACAGGAAGAAUUGUGCCUUGCUUAUCACUUGAGCUCACACUGACGACUUGGAUGUAAAUAGGCGCGUUUCUACUUCGUUUAUUUAAUAAAGCUCUAUCUAAUUUCUUAAAAGGGG